GCGCAACGAGGCAAGGACUCCGAGCAACGCACACAGCCAAACGCUCACGAGCGGGCACGAGCGGACGGCUCCGGUUCCAGGUUGACGCAGUCCGAGCUCGGCAGGCAUAAUUUAGUUAGCAUACGGCGGUCGGUAUGCAAUGAAAGUUCGUCCCUGAGGCCGGUUUUCCCGGACGCGGUUGCUCUAGGCGCGCACACACACGGGGCUUUUGGUGGUGUUCGACGGUUUUCGUGUUGUUGGUGCGUGGUUUUCCGCCUCGUUUGUGUUGCCCGCCCGUCCACCAGUAGUGUGGCCCCAGCACACUGUCCACGGUGCGUGCGUGCGUGUGUUUGUGUGAGGUGUAGAUGGGGGUUCGCUUAGCGGGGUGCGUGCAAGCUGCCAGGAUAUCGCUAGCGGGGGGCCAUCAGGUGUGUGUGUGUCGGAAGUGGACGCAGGAAUUCUAACGCGCGCGGCAGGCCACCGUUACGUGUGCGGGAACUUCCAAUUUGCGGGAAUCCCCUGCCCAGAGGGUUGUUUGAGGGGAAACACGAGAGUGGCCCCCACUGUAGAGACAGAUAAGCAGGUGAGUGUAUAGCAGGGUGCGUUAAAAAAAAAAAGGGCUGAGAAGGACAUUAGGGUUUAGGUAGGUGCAGGUGGUGUUGUGAGUGAGUGAAGUGUGCGCGCGGAAAUCAUUUCGAAACAGCAAACAACAUCCUCAGCAAUACAACAAUCAAACAAACUCAAAAAAAAAACCGCUGUUUGCGAAACGCGCCAAGUCUGCAAGUCAACUUACAGGGCCUCCGGCGAAAACAGCUUCCAGCGCCACGACACUAAACGAGCCUGCCGCAUCAAUCAAACCCGACGCAAUGCUUCCGCACGGAACGUUCCAGUGCCGUAGUUCGCCUCGAAUGCGCCAACCAGCCAGCAUGCAACAUGCGUGACGCUCCUGCUACCAGGCGACGAACCUUUUUUUUUGCGGCGGCGGCGGCGGCGGCAGCAGCGCAAGCUUAAGAUGACUAGCGACGCGUACCGGACAUUCGGCAGCAGAGCGCUACAGGAACGGUUCGGUUAGGCUGGUUUGCCAUUCAUUCAUCUUCCCGUUGCGCCACGCCGUGCUGACGACGAUGCUGCCGGCGCUGAACGGUCGGCGGACGACGAGGUCGCGGCUAGCGGCCGUCACCGCGUCACCGUACCCGAUCUUCUACCUGUUUCUGCUGCUGCGGGUUGGCGGCGGGGCGAAGGUGUCACCGGCGGCCGGCAGUGGCAGCCGCCAGCUCGAGCAGCGCUUCGCGAUGGAGCCGCAGGACCAGACCGCUAUCGUCGGGUCGCGCGUCACCCUGCCCUGCCGGGUGGUGAACAAGUCCGGCCAGCUGCAGUGGACCAAGGACGAUUUCGGGCUCGGGACGCACCGGAACCUGAGCGGCUUCGAGCGGUACACGAUGGUGGGCAGCGACGAGGAGGGCGACUUUUCGCUCGACAUCUCGCCCGUAAUGCUGGACGACGAUGCCAAGUACCAGUGUCAGGUGGGACCGGGCCGGGGCGGAACUCCGGGCAUUCGGUCGCGCUUUGCCAAGCUGACCGUGCUGGUGCCGCCGGAAGCGCCCAAGAUUGUGCAGGGCGACUUCAUGGUCACGACCGAGGAUCGGGAGAUUGAGCUGGAGUGCGUGUCGGUCGGCGGGAAGCCGGCGGCCGAAAUUACCUGGAUCGACGGGCUCGGCACGGUGCUAACGAGGGGCAUCGAGUACAUGAAGGAGCCGCUGCGCGACGCCCGCCGCUACACCGCCAAAUCGAUCCUGAAGCUGACGCCGAAGAAGGAGCACCACAACACGACGUUCACCUGCCAGGCGCAGAACACGGCCGACCGGACGUACCGGUCGGUGCGGCUCAAGCUGGAGGUGAAGUACGCGCCGAAGGUGAAGAUUGCCGUGAUCGGGGGCGCCCUGAACGGGGGCCGCAUACUCGAGGGCACGGAGGUGCGGCUGUCGUGCCGGGCGGACGCUAACCCGCCCGACGUUACGUAUCGCUGGUUCGUGGGCGAGGAGCUGUCGGACGGCAGUCACGCAUCCGAGUUUCUGAUAGCGAACAUUUCGCGCAAGUACCACGGCACCACGGUCCGGUGCGAGGUGCGCAAUGCGGUCGGGAAGAGCGAGGAAAGCGUCACGCUCGACAUAAGCUACGGGCCGAGCUUCCGGGCGCCGCCCCAGUCGGUCGAGGCGGACCCGGACACGACCGUUACGCUCGGCUGCGACGUGGACGGCAAUCCCGCACCGGACGUGCUGUGGAUACACGAACCGUCCGACCAGGUCGUGUCGAGCGCGGCGAACGUAACGCUCGUCGUAACGCCGGCCACCGCCGGCCGGUACUACUGCAAGGCGAGCGUGCAGGGCUUCGCCGAGGUGGAGGCGGACGCGACGGUGUAUCUGCGCGGGCCGCCGGCCAUCAGCUCGCCGCGGCAGCAGUACGGAGCGGUGCACGACAGUGCGCAGCUCGAGUGUGUCGCCCUGUCGAUACCGAAGCCCCGGCACGUGCUGUGGUCGUUCAAUGGGCGCGAGAUCAACGUGAGCGCGGAGCCGAACGCGGCCGAGUACCGCGCACUGGACAGCCCGAUCCCGAACGGGGUGCGCUCGACGCUCAUCAUACACCACUGCCAGCGGGAACACUUCGGGCGGUACAACUGCACCGUGGUGAACGACUACGGUAUCGACUAUCUGGAAAUUGAAUUCGUCUCCAAAGAGCCAAAUCUGCUGCCCGUGAUCGUGCUCGGCUCGCUCGGAGGCAUCACCAUACUGAUCAUUCUCGUCGUCAUUGCGAUCUGCCUGUGCAGCCGUCGCAACAGAAAGAAGCAUCUGCCGCCGGCCGAUGUCAUACCGAAGUACGAUGUCCCGGGGAAGGAUUGCGGUGAGCACGGCGGCACGACGGUGAGCGACCACAAGAUCGACCGCAUCGACGACAUGCUGGACGGGGAGCAUCCGCGCGACACCAUCACCACCAACAUCGCGCUGAACGUGCGCUCGGGUGUGGCCGGCCCACAAACCGGCACUACAGCGAUCAGUUCGUCGCUUACGGCGCUCAAGGGUGACACCACCACCGAUUACAGCCGAUACUCGGGAGACUUUUCCGACUCGCUGAGCCACCUGCAGUGCCCGAAGGUGGGUGGUGGCCCGACCGGUACCAGCGGCAACAGCACCAGCAGCACCGGCAACAGCACCAGCAACAACAGCAACGGUUACGUCCCGUACGUUAACUACGCCCGGGACUACAGCCCGCCCACCCAGCACCUGAUGCAGUUUAAGGCGAGCAGCAGCAGCAACAGCAUCGGCAACGCGCUCACCGCCAAACCGCCGGCCCGGCCGCCGGCCAACGGUCAGCUGCCGACCGGCACGAUGACACUCACGCGAAAGCGCACGCCCGCCGCCCCGCCGGACGCUGGCGGCGCCCUGCCCAGCAUCCAGAGCAGCGUAUCGUCCAUCCCGAACGGGUUAAUGAACCAUCCCAUGCUCGGUUGCCAUCUCGGGCUGGACACGCGGUUCGGCGCCAACUACGGGACGCUGCACGGGCGCGGCCCCAGCCCGAUGCAGCUGCCCCCGCCGGCGACGGCCAAUCCGGCCGCGACGCCGGCCCCACCACCGUACAGCGCCACGCGCAACCAGAACUGUCUGCUCGGGUUGGGGCUGCCGCCGGCGGCGGGCGGCCCCACCACCGGCACCAACUCGGCCGCCCUGCUAGCGACCGGCUCGAGCAGCCCGAGCUCGACCCAGUCCGGCUCGCUGUCGCUGGCCAGCUCGCAGCUCUCCCAGGCACCAUCGAUCGCGGGCGGUACGGUCGGGACGGGACAGGGCGCGGGAGGGAGAGAGCAGCAGCAGCAGCCCAACAGCCCGCCGGGACAGUUCAUUCUUCCUUCCAGCAACACCAUCAAACCGGGCGUACUGGCGACACACGUGUAAACCGAGCGAGCGAACGAACGAAAGAGAGAGAGAGAGAGAGAGAGAUCGGUCCCUCCCCUAGGCUGGAGCAGUGGGAAGGGGGAGGGAACCGCAUAGAUACUUGUCAAUUCAGUUUUAAACACAUUUCCCCUCAAAAAACAAUUCUCCUUGAUAUAGUAGGGUAGCUAAUCCUCGUAUAAUCUAAGAACUGAGCUUUACUUACAUCGAUUAUCGACACAACCGAGUCGAAGCAAACAGACACACACUCUCACACACAUAAGCAUAUACAUUUAACACUGCUAUUCUUCGCCGUCGCGUGCAAAUGAGAAUGGCGGGGAAUGUUUUUCCCCCGCUUGUAAGGCAGGAGAGGUUCUCAUUCAUUCAGCCAUCCACACAGCAAAAAGGGGGAAGGACAAUGGGACGUGGGAGACGAACAACACACACACACACACACACACACACACACACACACACACACACACACACACACACACACACACACACACACACACACACACACACACACACACAC